CAGAGAUAUUUUAUUGUCACGGGUUAAUCUGCUCUUGCCUUCUUCUAUUCAAGGCCUGCUGAGGGACCUGUCCAGCCCCUAGCACGGGGUAAUGCUAGAACACAGGUCUACCCUGACCAAACCUUUUAUAUGAAACCUCCCUUUUAUAGUCUGAGCGUCAUAGAUCUUGAAGAUCCUUUUUGUUGGAGGAACUUCAGGGCUAGCGGGAUCAGCUCUGCACUGAGAAAUUCACUCGGAGAAGAGUGGGGUGAAUUCUACUUUGGUUUAUGUCCCUUUUCAUGCCCUGCUUGUAAUAAGGGUUUGAUGCACAAAAUCGCUGGCAAGAAACUGAAAUUGGAUUAUGAUCCCAAGAGGUCAUACUCCAGCCUGCCCAGCACAAGUUCUGGGGGUCAGCUGCCUCUGACGAGAGCCCUCCUCUCUCCAACUCCCUGCUCAGGCUACUUGUUAAGGAGGGGAUAACAGGUAAGGAAGAGAUGACAGGUAAGAAGCACUCGUCAGGAAGAGGCACAGUCAGUAUCUUCCCAGACAGAGCAGUUAGAGUCAAGCCAGACAAAAGAAGAGAUUUAAGCUUUAAAAAUAAAUGGCAGAGAAAAUAAGUGUGGAAGGGUUCCAGCCUGGGAAGCUGUUUGACUGCCUUAGUCACUGCCAGGGGAGAGAAGUAUGGAAGGCAUUCAGCAACCUCAGCUUGUAAUCGCCCUUGUUCAACCCAGAGCCCUGUGGCUGACCCUCUCUUAGGCAAUGUGGGUCUGACUUUCAGAAGAGCUGUGUGCACAGAAACACAGCUGAUGUCACUGGGAGCUGCAGCGCCUCCGUGUUUGUUUUCCCCAUCUGGAGAUGUGUCCUCCCUUCAAAAAGCAUUUUCUGGCACCUCUCUUAGGACAAAUACCUUUUCCUCUCUCUUAGAGCCUCUCCUUUGGCCUGCUAACUCCUCCGACACACCUUCUUAUAAGGUCACAGAAUGAGAGAGAAAGUGUUCUCUUCAGGGUACAGGAAUUCAACUCUUCUGAAAGGAGCCACAUGAAUUUAAGUUUCUCGGCAAAGUAAAUGAGAUCAGCUGGGGACUUUUGCUCUUUUACAGAGUAUCCAGGCAAUCCUGACAGCAUCCUCCAGCAAUCGUUUGAAUAGGACAAUUAAGGCAUCUUGAUUCAAUGACUACACAUAUUUCUAGCCCCUGGGAGUUUAGUAUCUUUCCCUGCCAACAGCUACAUGCUGAUUAGAGUCCCAGUCCUCCCCCAUUUAAGUUCAUGGAAGUUUUGGCAUUGAAUUCAAUGCAAGAGGAUCCAACCCUAGCUGGGUCCAUGGCUGGGCCCUUUCUGCACAGAGAGGCCCCUUCACAGGGUUACUAGCAUUUUAGCAGGUCAGGGAUUGUUACAUUACUCCUUGAGGAAUAGACCUCGUUUGGCUUCCGUGAGACAGAUAAUUAAUAUUACAAGCAAUUAAAAGUCAUAGCUGGGAUAAAUGAACUAAGAAGGCUUUGCCAGAGUUACGGACCAACGUUCUGAAAUGAAUCCAGGCUAGUACUUGAACAAUUAGUAAUAAAUACUUAAAGCCUGGCACAUCACCAUAUGACUUAAAUGACACAUAGCCAACAGGAGCAUGCAGGAGGGGGGAGCGGACUAUACGUACAAUAUCCCUAUUAACAAAGCCGAGUUUUGCAAACGCUUCAUGUCUUAAUGUCAGAAGUAGUUAACUAUUUCCUGGCUAUCCACCAUUCCAUUACCACCUUCCCUCAGCCCUUUAGCACUUUACUUCUGGGACACAGUUCAACACACAGCUGCUGCAGUUAAACCUUGAACUGUAACUGUUAGGGUUAUGUAGUGGCACAUAAUUAAUUUCUUUUCAGCACUGUAUUUGUUCAAACAAUCUCCUAUAUAAAUUUCUCACUAUUAGUUCUUAAAGUUUUGUGAUUUUAAAUUAGUGUUGUUCUUACUGCAUAGAUUAGUGCUAUUAAAAGAAUUUAUUGUAGGUUUCUAUAAAGCAAAGUUUUUUUUAAUACUAUGGUUAUAUUAAUAACUUAAAUGGGUAUCUUUAUCUCUUCAGUAAGAGAUUUCACCCUUUAAAUUUUUGAGAUAAACAAUAAGAUCUGAGCUAAUAAGAUUUUCCUCCGGUUUAGAGAGAAACUGGAAGGGAAUCAAAACUCUUAUCCGUUGUGCAAAACAAAAAAAAAUGCUGCACAUAUUUAAAUUUGUGGGCGAAACAAAUGAAUUAUUAAAGAGUUUGAUUGCUAUCUUGCCAGGGCAGUGUGGCGGGGCUGAAUCUCAUUACAGGCUGGGCUAAGAGAAAGCUUGUGCCCGGAGGAUACGAAGACCGUCAAGGCGCUGAAACUUACCAGGGCUCAGGAAACAGGGACAACCCUUGUGCAAGAUGACACAGUCCCUUGUUACUCCUGUGGGUCAAGAAGAGGUUCCAGAAGAUGUAGAGGUAGCCCAACGGGAGGACACCUGAGAAGGAACAAUCUGGUGCAGCACAGCUCCUCUCUCCCUAUUGGCUCCUUCCCCUUUCAAUCCAGCCAGCAUUUCCUGGAUGAGACAUGGCUGCAGAGGGAGAGGAGAGAGAAACACCAGCAACGGCCAGAACAGCCUCAGCAUCAGCCUGCGGCGCUGAGUCCCAUUGGGGCAGCUGGCACUCCAGCCUGGAGACUGUAGGGACGCUGCACAGUGAAGUAAAACAAAUCAUCCUAUAAUGGAGGCAACCAGACAAACGAGAAUUUCUCGACCGCACAAGAUAAGUGAAUCCUCCAAGGUGUACAGAUGGGCUGACCACCCUAGUCUAGUCCUUCAGAGUCUGAAUGAGCAGAGACACCAAGGUCUUUUCUGUGAUAUUAUUCUGGUGGUGGAUGAACAAAGAGUCCCUGCCCAUCGGAAUCUCCUGGCUGUUUGCAGUGACUACUUCAACUCCAUGUUCACCAUUGGCAUGCGAGAGGCCUAUCAAAAGGAGGUCGAACUAUUUGGAGCUUCUUACAUUGGUCUCAAAGCUGUGGUGGAUUUCCUAUAUGGUAGUGAGCUGUCCUUAGAUGGUGGCAACAUUGAUUAUGUGCUGGAAACAGCUCACCUGCUGCAGAUCUGGAAGGUGGUUGACUUCUGUUGUGAGUAUCUCGAAAAUGAGGUCAGCGAGGAGAACUACCUGUACCUUCAAGAGCUGGCCUCUAUUUACAACCUGAAACGCCUGGACUCCUACAUCGACUCUUUCAUCCUGCAGAACUUUGGCACGCUCUCUUUCACGCCUAACUUCCUGCAGAACAUUUCCAUCCAAAAACUCUGCCAGUAUCUGGGGAGCAGUAAUGUGCAGCAGGAGUGUGAGCACGACUUGCUGCAGGCUGCCUUGCAGUGGCUGACACAAUACCCGGAAAGAGAAAACGAGGCUUACCAAGUACUGGACAACAUUCAUUUUCCCUUGAUACCGAAGAGUGACCUGCUCCAUCGAGUCAAGCCUGCUGUCUGCUCUCUUCUCCCGAAGGAAGCAAACUGUGAGGGGUUUAUAGAAGAAGCGGUGAACUAUCAUAACAAUGUCACAGCCCAGCCAGUGCUCCAGAACAAGCGGUCGGCUUUGCGUACAAAUGAAGAGAGGCUCCUCUUUGUGGGUGGGGAGGUUUCGGAACGGUGCCUGGAGUUAAGCGAUGAUACCUGCUUCCUCGACACCAAAAAGGGGCAAUGGAUAACAGAAACGCCGCUCCCAGCCAGGCGAAGUCACCACUGUGUUGCAGUGCUGGGAGGUUUUAUCUUCAUAGCUGGAGGCAGCUUUUCAAGAGACAAUGGAGGGGAUGCAGCUUCAAAUCUUCUUUAUAGGUAUGAUCCCCGCUGUAACCAGUGGAUAAAGGUUGCCUCCAUGAGACAACGACGAGUAGAUUUCUACCUUGCGGCCAUUACAGAUAUGCUGGUAGCUGUUGGUGGAAGGAAUGAAAAUGGGGCUCUUUCUUCAGCUGAGACCUAUAGCCCUCAAAAAGACGCCUGGUCUUAUAUAGCAGGCUUGCCAAGGUUUACCUAUGGGCAUGCUGGCACUGUCUACAAGGAAUUUGUUUAUAUCUCGGGGGGCCAUGAUUACCAAAUUGGUCCCUAUAGAAAAAAUCUCCUUUGCUAUGAUUACCGCACAGAUGUCUGGGAGGAAAAGCGGCCAAUGAUCACUGCUCGGGGAUGGCACAGCAUGUGCACCUUGGAGGACAACAUCUAUUCCAUUGGUGGCAGUGAUGACAACAUAGAAACUAUGGCACGCUUUGACAUUCUGAGUGUGGAGUCUUACAGCCCUCAGUGUAACCAAUGGACCAGAGUCUCUCCCUUGUUUCAAGCAAACAGUGAGUCUGGAGUGGCAGUCUGGGAAGGCAAGAUUUAUAUUCUUGGAGGCUAUAGCUGGGAAGACACUGUCUUCUCCAAAACUGUCCAGGUGUAUGACAAGGAAAAAAACAAGUGGUACAGAGGAACUGACCUUCCCAAAGCAAUUGCUGGUGUGUCUGCAUGCGUCUGUGCAUUGAAACCCAGAAAGGAGGACAAAAAGAAAAAGACAAAAAUGAAGAAGCAUCAGGAUCGAGGAAGAUGACACAGCUUGGGAACCUUGUAACUAAUCAUCUUUCUAAUCUUCAUUUAAAAAAAAAAAAAAAAGGAAAAAAGAAAAUAGUUUCUGAAAGCUUAGAGAACAUGUGGUCGAACCUGUUUGGGUGAGGGUCACGUGAAGAUAACUACUAUACUGAAUGGUGGUGAGGUUGCAAAGGGUGCUAUGCUACCCGUCCUGUACAUUUAGGUGUAGUCUGUUACUUCCUUGGUUCUUAGCUUUUACACAUUUAAUAAUAAUAAUAAUUAAUAAUAAUAAUAAUUAAUAAUAAUAAAGGUAAAAAAAUUAAAAAUUUGAAAACUUUUUGGAUUAGAAAAUUCAAUGAUGGGGAGGGAAAAGAGGACUAAACAUCGGUUUAAAGUUACAAAGAGAAGUCUAGAAGCAGUUGCUAUUGAAAAUUGAUAUGGAUCUUGUAAAUCCUGAUUUUUUUUUUUCCCCCUCCCCCUUUUAAAUUUUAAUUUACAAUACUUUCUAGAUUUGUGAGUAAAAGAUUUCUGGUAUGCAUGAGUAGCCAUUCAAAUUAUACACAUGCUCAGGCAUCUUGGUAAGCAAAUGACAUUUCUGUACUCUUAAGAUUCAGAGGAUAUUAUUAAGUGACCAGAGUGUGAGUGCUCUGGUCCAGGCAUGGCCAUAUAACUGAUCUGUGCUCAGUUUAUGAGCUCUGCUGGUCUUUCCAGUGGUGCAAUGGUCUGCAAGAUCCAGGGGAGGUGACACAACCUUUACGUCAGUUGUUAAUGACUAGAACUGUGCAAAAGUCUCAUAACAAAACCCAAUACCAAGUUUGGUUUUGUUGAUUUCUCCUAGUUCAGGACUAGGCUUUUUAAACCUUUCACAGACUCUGAAUGGAUUUGUGGCUUUAGGCAGAAGUUACAUAGAACUUGGUCCUUACUUUAAACCAGGUGAGACAAGUAGACUUCACUGUGAGUUUUAUUGGUGGUGGAGAAGGGAAGGUAUUGAAAUCAAAAGCUCAAAAUGAACUUGAGACAAAGAGCAAACACAUCCUACAAAGGGCAAUGGGAUGACGGGGGAAAAAAAGUUUGCAGGAGCUGGGAACUGCUGAAUUUAGCAUGGGUCUAGCAAUGAUGACCCCUACCAGUCGGUGCAAGGGACCAUUAACAGACUCUGGAUGAGAAUCUAACCCAGCACUCCUUGGUCAGGUGACUGCAACACUGUUCCUUUUGGAAGAAUGGGCUUAACAUGGGGGAAGAGUUCUUGGGAUGCCAUUUGGGCAAAGAUGACUGAACUGUUUGGAGAAUCAUAUUCUGGAGUAAUAUCAAGGGAAUUUGACUUAAGCCCACCACACUAAAGACAUUUUGAUUGUAGACCCUGCCAGUGCACUUUCACACAAGACUGUUUUAAACAGUCUUGUGUGAAAGUGCACCAGCAGGAUUAAAACAGACUAAUUAAUGCACAACGUGUUUGUGCGCUUUAGAAAGUACACCCCUGUAGAGUGCAUUAUCCACCGUGUACAAUCCUUCUGUCAUUCCAUCUUCCACUGGCAGGGUUAUGUCUACUGCAAGUAUUUAAAUUUACCAACUGUCUGGCCAGCCUUCAAGCAUUCACCCAAAGCAGUGUACAAGUGGGCCUUUUGUUUGAUUUGCAAGAAGUUAAGAACCAGUCAUUUCAUACAGUCUCUGUAAUUUUUAUAACAAUAAUAAUUCCGGGCCACAGAUUACUGUCUCAUCCCAACACGAAGAAAUUUUUAGAAAUUUUUGAAACUUUUGUACUUUUUUAUAACACGUUUUGCUAAUACUUAGUCUCUAGUUUGCCAUGUUAUGUUGUUUACUAUUGAAGUUCCUGCCCUAUAAUCGUGAUCCUAUUGUUAUAGUCAGGAACUCAUAAUUUGUUGGCUCUUUCAGGCUUUGUGUACAGUCAGUUGUGAUGUGAUGCAGCUGUUAAAGCAGCAUUUACAUUCUCAGCAUUGUCAGACCUAUAAUUGUGACUACUGUAAGGCUUUCACUGGCAGUUCAAAUAGUCCGACAUGCUGAUAAAUGCCUUUUUAUUGUCGGUGAUCCACUGAGUGGAUUUCAAGAGCCUUGAUUUGAAGUUCUGCUUUGGUGCUAUUGAUCCAUUUUCUCUAAAUCCUUCCAAGUCCCUCUCCAUCCACAUCUCCAUCACUGUGCAACAUAACCAUGUACUUCAGAUCUGCCUUUUUUCUUUUAUCCUAUGUAUAAGGGAUGUCCUGCCUACUUUUUGCUACUGGGGUGUAUUUGCCUCAUUAAUGUGAAAAUUCUUCUAAGAGAAACUUGUUUGCACUAUAAAAGAAAAAUCAUUUUCAACAGCAUUUGGAGUUUGGGGUCCUCUUUAUCCAUCAAUAGGAUUCAAUUUUUUUAUUUAUUUAUUUAUUUUAAUUGAAAGUGGCACCUUGUGAAUAGCUGGAGUGAAAGAAACGAAACAAAUGAUGCCGUGUGACACACAAAGAUUGAAGAAAACAGGCUUGAGGUAUAUAAGUUGUAAAAAUCCUCUGGAUACCUUUGAGUGUUUCUCUUAAACAAUAGAAACUAUUAAAUUUAACAAGUUACAAAAAGUCCUCUAUGUGCAGUAAUGAUACCUUUUACAUUGCAUGAGGAAAUAGUUAUUUUUUUAAUUGUUCCUAAA